CAUGGGCUCAACUUCUCUACUUACUUUUGGAAUUACGCCAUCUUACGUCAGCCGGCGGGUUAACACGUGAAAACACGAUGGCUGAAGGAGAGUCAGAUCCCGUUGUUGAAGAGGUUGAUGUCUACCUUUCAAAGGAGUUGGCGGAUAACCUUUACUGUUUUCAGUAUCCAGUUCGUCCUAGUCACAUGUCCUAUGAUGAGUUUGAGUACACCUCGGCUCGGAUCAAGCCAAAACAGAAGAAGUUGGAACUGGAGCUGUCUCUGGACACACAAACUGAUCACUAUGCUAAAGGAAAAGGAGAGCAGAUCGCCCUCAACGUAGAUGGAAUAAACAGCACAGAAAACAGGUCUUUCAUGAGUGAUGUGAUGGACCGUCAGAUGUUGACUUCUACCAACUCAAUGGACUCUAUGGCUAAAUAUGCAGUAGGAGUCUUGAAAGGAGGUGAGCUGCACCUCACACCUCUUCAUAGCAUUGUCCAACUCAGACCAAGCUUUGAAUACCUGGACAAGGCUGACAGCAAGAUCAAACAAGAGAAGAUGGAGGUCGAUGCUGGAGACUCCCAGGAUGAGGAGGAUGUCAAGCCGGUCACUGUGCAGAUGGUCAGGCAUGAGACUGACCAGGCCAAGGCCAGACGACUCGCCUCCUACGAGUACCAUGCCAAGAAGAUGGCCGAGGAACAAUGGAUCCACAUCCAUCACAGAGCUCUUGAAGACUAUGAAUCAGAGAGAGAAAGAGAGCACCUGUUCUGCCAGGCAAUGGACAGCGAGAUCAACCAGCUUUCACUGCCACCAAAAGAUUAUUUAACGUCGCUGAUUCCUGAGAUGGAGGAGGAUUCACUCGCCAAGCCUAACAUGCCAGUCAACAUUCUAUCUAUGUCACAACUCAAGACAAUGUCAUUGCCAGAUCAAGUCAGGGCUCUCCUAAUCAAUGCAAAAUCAAUCCGUUUCUCUCAGUUGAUGACCAUUCUGCCCGGAAACUAUGACCAGGUGUCGGUCCUUCGAGCCCUUCAGAUGGUAGCCCUGCUGGUCCAGGGCUGCUGGGUCGUCAAGAGUGAGGUGUUGUACCCCAAGGAUACCUGCAGUCCCAUAAGUGGAGUAUCAGCUGAGAUCCUGUGUAGAGGAAGAGACUAUGUGAUGUGGAGAUUUACUCAGAGUCGAUGUGUGGUGAGGAAAGAAGUAGCAUCUGUUACAAAGUUGCAAGCAGAAGACACCAAAGAGAUUCUUGAGCAGAUGGCCAAACCCAAGGUUAAUCUGGGUUGGGAGUUUCUCCACGAAUACGACAAGGACUUCGUCGACCGUCACUCUGAAGUCCAUCAACGCCAGCUGAUGCUAUGGCAGAACAAGCUCCAGCAAAUUUCCAAGAUCUUGAAAAUUCCCAAACAUGAGACAGAGAAGAAAGCCAAAGUGAAAAAUGAAGUUGAAAUUAUUUCUGGUGCGGAGCGAGUCAAGACAGCACGCAGCCGAGCUCGUAGCAAGUCAUCCUCAAUGUCCGACUCCAGUCCAACCAAGUCAUCAUCGACGACGAACAACAUGGAUCCAACCAAUCACGUCAUAGACUUAGACACUUUCACCCCUUCCCAGCAACCCUCGCGCAUACCCACCAUGGCCUCUCUAGAGGGCAGCUCACAUCUCACAAACUCGACCGGCGAGGGCGGGAGCAGAAACCGAAGUCGUUCAAACUCCAUGAGCAAUACCACCAACGGGGGCGCGGGGGCGUCGACCGACGGUGGUGGUGGUGGUGGGGAUUUGAAAAGUGAACUUAGAACUUUCCUGGGGGAUACCUUCCAGGAGCAUUCCAUUUUGAGCAUCACCCAGAUGAGGAAGAUGCUGAUGGGAAGACUGACCGAGUGUCCUCCAGGUCACGUGCUGGGGUCGGGGGUCACCGAUCAGCUGUUGGAAGAGUGCGCCGAGGAAAUUGGCGGAACCCUGCUUCAAGUUGCAUGGCCAUCUCAGUACAACGAUGUACCAGAUAAGAGAUUAUUCUGUAGAACGGCCCUUGGUGAAUCACAUGACAAGUUUCGAGGGGUAAUCAUCGAUCUGUUCCGAGAGAACUUUAAAGUGAAGAAGACCCACAUCAUGGAGCAGUGCAAAGAAAUUUUAGGAGAGGACCCGCCUAGUAAAGCAGAGUUUGAUAGAAUUCUCAAAAAUGUAUGCAUCUUCAAGAGCCCCCACUGGUACUUGAAAGGAACCAUACCAAACUCAUGACGAAGGCUGCAUACCUAGGCUCAACUUUUAUUUCAAUUUCAAGUGAAGAUAGUGAUUAUUUUCUUUUUAAUACAAAGUAUUACGAGAUGUUAUUUGUUAGUUAUUUGUUAUCGUUUUAUAAUUUAGAUGUUAUUUUUAUUUACUCUAAUGAAUCAACAGUUUCUCUUUCUAUAAAGGAAAAGAUUAUAUUUCAAAACUUACUUCAGCUUUGCAGUAUCGGAGAAAAGAGUAUGUACUUAUGGGAAGAUUUCACCCCACUUGUUAUACUACUAUAUGGACAUGGAAACUGGGAAAGAUUUAAUUAUAUUAACUAAUUUCUAGUGCAGUGUUGCAUAUUGCACGCAAAAACAAUUGUUUUAUUAAUUUCCAUUGGAUCUCUAUCUUUGUUAUUACUGUUAAUAGAGUAUGUGAUAAACCUGUACAUUUCUAGAUGACGUCAUAUUUUUGUUCUACAGUCUACAUACAUAGUUUAAUAAAUCUCAAUUAAAGGUAAUACAAAGUUUUGGGACAUUUAGAAAAUUGGGUGGAUAGUGAUUCUUUACAAUUUGAUAUAUUUGGAUGCCCCUGUGGAUAUAUUAUAAGCACUAGAAAAUUAAGCCCCUAAAACACUUCUGCUUUCAAGAAAAAUUGGAUAUAAAAAUUUACCGGUGCUCCCGGUAAAUUUUGAUAAAUUUCAAAUAGCACCUACGGCCGUACAAUGGUAGCUGCGACCAUGAGAAUCUCAGAAUAUGUAGUUGUGAUAUAUAAUUUCCAAACAGGAAUAGCUAAUCGGUCGAUAUUUUCAAGAAACAUUAUUUUAUAGCUUAAUUAAUAUCUUGACAUUGAGAGAGAGCUAAACAACAUAAAGAGGUUAUUAUUUACAAUUUCAUAACUUUAGGCUCGAUUUAAACCGCAACAAUGAUCACUGAAUAUUGUAGGAUCGCAUAUGCUUCCAAUAUGUUCAUUAGAACCAAAUUCAUGACCCAAUACCAAAACUUUGUAUUACCUUUAAGUUCUUCUUAUCUUAGUGUCAUCAAACACAUUAUUUUGUCUUUCAGUUAUUGAAAGCACGUCAGUCAGUUGAGCAAGCAAUUUUUCUACAAUAUAUAUUCUGAUCAUGGCUUCGAUAACACAAAGUCGCACAAAACCUCAUGAACCAAAAUGAGUCUAAUCAUUGAUAACAUGCUCCCUGACAUAGUGUUGUGUUCGUCAUUGGAAGCAGUGUUUAGAUUAUUAGAGAACAACUGGUAACGUCACCCAUUUGUGUGAUCAAAAGUUUUGCUUUUACGUGCCUAAAACAUGCAACAACAUUUCCUAUAUUUGUAAUGGUCUAUUGUCAUUUUUGUUAACAGAAUAAAAUUUAAAUAACUGUACCCUGAAAUUCUUCAACAUAAUUACAAGUUGAUAAAAUUAGAAGUGGUCAUUUUUUAGCAUCACCAGUAUAUAUAAUAAAUACAGAUGUAUUUAUCAUAUAUACUGGUGAAGCUAAACCCUCACUGUUUAUUGUGCUGUUUAAUGGUUAGAUAUUUAUGUUACAAAGUUCAUCUUACCAUUAUGUACCAAGUAUUUCAAAUACAUAAGAGAUAAACAGAGAUAUUGAUUCUUAAAAAGAAGGAUUGUCAGCUGUCAUUUUGCCUUUUUUUGUAUUGUUUGUAUGAGUAUGGCAGUUGCUCAGUGUCAAUUUUGUACACUGAAAAAAUGUCUAGCUUCAAGCUUGUGAAGUGACCAACACUAUGCCCAGCCCUAAUCCUAACCUUAAGUCCACUUUCAACCCUAACCAGUAACCAUAACCCUAUACUUCCGAUGAAAUAAAACCUAAAGCAAUUGUCACUGGAUUAAUUGUUGGAGCACCUUUGCAUUGUGUGAAUUUUCAUCUUAGACAAGUUGUUACUUAAAUUGCAUCCCUGUUAUUGUCAUCUGAGCAAGAAAAUUACAUGUAUUUUAAUUUGAUACACAUACAAUUUGCUUUCCUUCCAAUGGUAUGGUCAUUUUAUUUUUCUAAUAUUUGUUGAGUGAUAAUUAGCAAGGUCCUUAUGUCUUCUCUCUCUCUGGCCCCAGGUUGAUUGCUAACUAUAUGUGCCUAUUGCAAAAUAAAGAAUAUACUGUACAUGCUCUUCAGA